AAAAUCUUAGCAAAUGUAUGGAGUGAGUGCGUGAUGCACAGGGGCUGACGCGAAGGCACUACAUCUAUUCUGCAGCAGCACAUCGUGUAGCCUCCAGCAGCAGCAAGAGCAGCGACAUCUCUGGCGCUUCCACGGGAUCUACGCCUAAAUCUCGACCGGGUCCCCGACUCAGUCAAGUUAACAGGAACCCUGCUAAUUCGGAGUCUCACAUACUACAGCCACUUCGUGUUUCCUUAACUGGCAUACAUAUCUUCUUCGUUAACCCACCGGGAAAGGAACCAUGGGGAAACAAAACAGCAAGCUGGCCCCUGAGGUGAUGGAGGACCUAGUCAAGAGCACAGAGUUCAAUGAACAUGAACUGAAACAGUGGUACAAGGGCUUUUUAAAAGACUGUCCUAGCGGUAGGCUUAACUUGGAUGAGUUUCAGCAACUGUAUGUAAAGUUUUUUCCUUAUGGAGAUGCUUCAAAGUUUGCUCAACACGCAUUCAGAACGUUUGACAAAAAUGGAGAUGGGACCAUCGAUUUCAGAGAGUUCAUUUGUGCGCUGUCAAUCACUUCAAGGGGCAGCUUUGAGCAGAAAUUAAACUGGGCCUUCAAUAUGUAUGACCUUGAUGGUGAUGGAAAAAUUACAAGGAUUGAAAUGCUGGAAAUUAUAGAGGCAAUUUAUAAAAUGGUGGGCACUGUGAUAAUGAUGAAGAUGAAUGAGGACGGCUUAACACCAGAACAGCGGGUAGACAAGAUAUUCAGUAAGAUGGAUAAGAACAAAGAUGACCAGAUCACACUGGAUGAGUUCAAAGAAGCUGCAAAGAGUGAUCCUUCUAUUGUAUUACUCCUGCAGUGUGACAUUCAAAAAUGAAGCAGCAGCAACUCACUAUGGACUGCACAACAGUUUAAAUGUUCCAUUCAGUUUGCAGCAACUUCCACGACAAAAAAAAAUUUUGCUUGGACUACCUAUAAAUGGACUUGCUUCUUGUGUUGAAACACUUGUGUGCAUGAGAAUGUCAAUUGCUAAAGAAUUUUGAAGUAUAAAUAUAUAUAUAUACAUAUUAUAAAAGACCACAAUGUGAAAAAUUGUGCAAUGUCAUUACCAUAACAAUCCUAUGACUCUUGUGCAUCAGUAAAGUGCUGCAUAAAUUAUGCUAUUUAUUGUUCAUGUUUUACUGAUGCUAGUUGUGUGUUUCAUAUACUGAAUAAUGUUAAUAAAAAAUGAAUUCCCAUGUUAAUGUAAUUGUUUAUAAUAAACCAUUUUUCCAUUUCAUGAUACAUUAAAGUUGGACAGAGAUGAUUUUUUUUCACUUCAUCAGCCUGCUCAAUAUAAAUGUGUUUGUACUGUCAGUGGAUAUAAAUUUCCUUUAUUUGCAUGCCUUCUAGGUUUUGCCUUAACUAUGUCCUUAUUUGCAUCCUUUAAGAAAGUUGGAAGAAAAAAAGCCUUAUUGGAUAAAUGUUAUAUAAAUAAAUGGGAAUACGUUUUUCGCAGGCAGUCUGUCAGUAAACUGCAGUGUUGUUUUAUGGUAAGUGUAUGAAUGAUUUAUGAUUCACACCUGCAUUUGUGGAAAGCUUUGAAGGAGGUCAUAAGAUGUGUCCCCAAAUAAAUAAUGUACCAGACAUAA